AUGGCUCUGCACAUUAACAGAGCUCAAAAGUCAUUUAAGAGAGAUUAUUCUCUUCUCUGCUCAGGACAAUUCAUCAAUACCGCCAAAAUGCAUCUUAUGUACACCCUCGACACCGCUGGCAAGCGUGUUUACACCUUGAAGAAGGUCCAGAACGGCGAGGUCACCAAGUCUGCCCACCCCGCUCGCUUCUCCCCCGAUGACAAGUACUCUCGUCACCGUGUCACCCUGAAGAAGCGUUACAACCUUCUCCUCACCCAGCAGACCGAGACCCCCGUUAAGGCUUAA